AUGAUCAAUGAAACCUUAAUAAAUCAAGAACCUCAACAUCUCUAUGAUUAUUUCCCUACAAAUAUUUCAUGCCAAUAAGGAGAAAUAAACUAAGAUGAAUCACCUAUUAGAUAACAUUAUAUCAGUUCUCUAUGCUUCUAACUUAGAAAGUACUAAAAAUAGAAUAAAUAAUACAUAGAAAAAUCAAACGAUAAAAAAAUCGACCCAGCUUUUUGAAAAUAGAAGAUAGUGGAAGAAAUGUAAAAUUAUAUUCAUGCUCUCUUUAUAAUAAUACAGAGAAACCUGAAAAUGAUACUUAAUGA